AUGGCUUCCGACCCGCGGAGAGAGUUUUUGUUCCUGAAUCAAUCUCUAUCUUCCAAACCCCGCUCGCAGCGGGAGAAAGAGCUCCAAGAUGCCGAUCGUCGAGCUCACGCGGCUCGGAACUCUAGACUCAAGCGACCCGUCUCAGAGGCCGAAGACGCAGCUGCCAGCUUGAGAAGCCGCUCCUCAAAGAGACCCAACCGGCGUCCAGUUGAAGAUGCUCAACAAGACGGCGACGACGCGGCUCUUCCAGUUGUUGAACAGAAGCUGGCUGUACGACCCAAGACUCUAGAACACCGGCAGACCAUGCCCGAGCCAUCUGCCUUGGCAAGGACCUUGACCUCGACAACUCCCCUAGGUCAGGGUAACCACGAUCCCUUUGACACUGCCUCGAUUAGCGGGCUGCCUCCAUUCAUCUACGAUAUGCUGGACCAUUCCUACCGCUUUGUCUGGCCUACCGUGCUGAACGAAGACCCGAAGGACACCCAACAAAAUGCGGCCAUGAGAAGGAGACGCGCACGGGAGAAUCCAUUUGUUCUUCAUGCACAAAUUGUCAAUGCUGGGGGCCACAGACUACGGUUGCUUCCCGCUGGUCACCAGUCUCGGUCGCUCAUAGCACAGGCAGUAUCGUAUCAUGAGCGGAAGGCCCUCGAAGCUGUUACCGAUAUACUACAGAAAAGUCCAACCCCGCCAUGGGAAAGGAUAGUUUUGGCGCUACUUUUGGUGACGUGGCCCGCUGGAACUCAUGAGGAGAGCCCGUCAAAGUAUCCUGUAUCCCCCAUGGCCACCGCGCAGAAUCUGCACCUUUUCAACAACAUGGAAUUGACGCCCGGCAGAAUUCAGCAGAUCCAGCGAUUUUACCGUAUCCUGGAGCCUCUAGGUGGUCUGGAUGGACUCUCAACUCCCGAACACUUGCAUGUGUUCAGCUUUGCGGACACCUUUGUCUCCUCGCGACUCGGCGUCCGUCCUCUUUGGCCGUGGCCCAACAAGCUGCACUACGCCUUCGAAGCAUUCAACGACCUCGUGCUUGAUCCUCGAGCUUUUCAGAUGUCUUUGGUGAUGGGCCGAGGCUUCUCUUGCGUUAAAGAUGCUCAGCUUUUACGUAUCCUGAUAAUGGCCUGCAGAGCCACACUGGGCAUCGAUCUGUAUCAGCGGAACGUCCCCACGGCACCCUCACCCAGGGAUAUAUGUACGGUCCGGAACGCCGUACAGCACCAGCUAUGCUCACUCGACCCACCGUCGGAUUUGUUGCCUUCACAUGACGCCUUGCUCUACAAUAUGGUACGGCUUGCUGCACUGAUAUACAGUGACCUAGUGAUUUUCCCGCUGGGCGAAUCCGUGAGUGUCAAGUUGCAGCUUGCAUACGAUCUGCGAAAAGCAUUGGAACUGUGCUUUACUGGCGAGACACUGGAGGCGCAGGCAGAGCUCGAGCUCACAGUUUGGUGCCUAACGAUGGGUACCAUGGCAUCGUAUGGGACGGUUCACCAGGAAUGGUACGUGAUGCAGCUGGGGCGGAGCUUGCGCGAGGAUCGGCGCCUGUUGGACUGGAUUCUAUUCCAGACUCUGAUGUCGCAUUUCUUAUGGUGGGAUCAUGUGCUUCAGCCGCGGUGCUGGGAUGUAUGGAAGGAAGCGGCGCAACCGAUGCAGGUGGAGGGGUCGAGUUCGCCCUCUCCUGAGAAGGGAGAUGGUGUUAAUUGA